CUGAACAAAAUUAUAUUAGGUCCAGUAUCUAAAUAUGGCCACCUAAUUAAAUUUUUAAUGGGAUAAAUUUUUGUCUCCAAAAUUUAUUGACUAAUCUACAAAAACAAUAACGGUAAAAACUACUAAACUAGUAACUUCGUAAGCCGGCUCCGAUACCACUGUUGGGAAACGAGGCUUGGAUAACGCAGCGGAAAACAAAAAUUUAUAGUCCAAAACUCGAUUCCACCCAAGAACAACUUACGUAAAUUACUAGCUAUAAAAUCCAAAGUUCAUGGCUACGGUGGUGGAUUUAGGAAGGGAAUUGGUAAGGCGAAAAAUUAGACUUACCUAUGGAGGAGGCAACGUUGGCCUUCAAGGAGCUGUUGCUUCAACAGUCUAUACCAAUGGUGGUAUAGUUAGAGGCUUCAUACCAGGGUACAUAACAGCACGACAGGUCUAUGGUCCUACAUACGGUGCAGAGUACACCGUUUCCAGCAAUUACUACAAGUAUUUUGAGAUGAAUCAUGUGGUGGAGGCUUUCAUCAUACUUCCCGUAGGAAUUGAUACUAUGGAAGGUUUGUUCACUUUGAUCUCAUGGGCAUCUGAAGGGUUGCACAGUAAACCAAUUGGUCUCUUGAAUAUUGACGGUUAUUUUAAUAACCUAAUCAAAUUUCUAGAUGACGCAGUGAGACAGAACUUCAUGGCUUCUAGUCAGAGAAAACUUUUCAUCUCUUCUUUCUUUAUUGAUGAGCUUUUAGACAAGCUAGCGUUUGCUAAAGCUUUUCCAGGUCCUGGGGCUAGUUAUGAUGAAUUUGUAAAUCUUGGGGCAUUGGACUUAGACUUGCAUUUGUAAUAUUACUUUAUGUAAUUUCAGUUGAAUUUAUGUUGGAAUAAUAUUGUCCAUGAACAUUAUGAGUUAACCAUAAAUAUUAUUCUAAGCU